GUAUAUGUAAUCGUAGAAGUAAUGAGUUGAUUGUUUUUGUUAUUUCUAUUUGGCCGUCGCGUGUGGUUGAUAUUGUACUAAUUUUGUUGUUGUUUUUUUUUUUAUUUAUUAUUGUUAAAUAUACAUUUAAUCCUGCAUUGCAAUUAUCAAUUGCUAAGACAGUCAACGAAUACAUCAAUCAAACAAAUCCAAUACAGCAAAUCCAAAACCAGAAGGGCCUCAUCAUGGAGCCCACAGCUGGCGGCAAUCUGUUGGAGAUCAUGGAUCUGGCACGGACCCUGCGGCAGGAACAGCUCUUCAUACAGCAUGAACAGGCGGCGUUUGCACAGCUCACGUCAGCCUUGGAGACGAAUGCGACGACAAUAACCGAGCUGGCAUACAUCUGUGCCCAACAAAGACAGAACCUGCACGAUCUGCUGCUGGCCAGAACGGAUCACGAUCCGUUCCUCUGCUGCCGACGUGCGAGCACCUACGACAAUCCGAAAUUCGUGGACGCCAAGAAGGUGUUGCCCUACGAGCACGCUCUUGCCUAUGAGGAUCUGUUCAACUAUCUGUACAAUACGCCGUAUUUGCUGGCCCUGUCGCUGGCCACGGCGGAUCGCUUGUCGCUGCUGGCGCCGGCGCAGCUGGGGCAGAUCGUCAACACGAUCGCAACGGGCCUCUACGGCAACGCGAUCAACACCAAGGAUGUGGAGCUGCUGCUGAAGCUGCUGCGCGAGCUGAUCGAGCUGCAGCUGCUGAACAGCGAGCAGCCGCGUCGCCUGCUGCGCACCAAUGGCAGCGCCUUUGCGAGGCUCUAUCAUCGACUCGUCGAGUCGCUCUUCUCCGCCCGAAUCUUUCUGACGUCGGCGCUGCACGAGCCGCUGAUGGCGGUGCUGAGCGAGCACGAUGUGCUGCUCGACGUCGACCCGCACAAGCUGCUGCAGAGCUUUUCGGCACGGGAGCGACAGCGGCGCUUCGGCGAGGACGACACCAGCGCCGAGUACCAGCGGAGCGUGGCGCGCUUUCACGCCGAGACGCUGGGCAAGCUGCAUGCGCAUGCGCAGAGCUUCGUGCGCAGCCUGCAGCAGAGCUGGGCCUUGUUUCCCAGCUCGCUGCGCUGGCUGCUGCAGACGCUCGGGCAGCAGCUGCGGCAGACGCAGCGGCACAGCGACCACGAGAUACGCCAGCUGCUCACCGAUCUGGUCUUCACCCACUUCAUUUGCCCCGCCAUCGUCAGCGCCGACCUGCAGGGCAUCAUCGACGUCAACGUGGGCGAGCAGAUGCGCCACAAUCUCAAUCAGAUUGUCCAGCUGCUGCAGCGCAUGGCGCUCAGCGACGAGGCCAGCGAGCUGACCCAGCUGAUGGAGCUGCUGCUGCUGGGCCAGACCGGCGAGGAUGUGGUGGCCAUUCUGCCCCAGCAGAGCGACUUCGAUCGCGCCCAGUUGGCCAUCAAUCAGCGCGAGCUGCAGCAGUUCGCCGACUUCUUUCGCCUGCUGGCCGCGCGCGACGAGUACGACGUGUCCGCCGAGGAGCGGCAGCGACUGCAGCGCAUCCUCUCGCGCAUACCCAAGCCGGAGGGCGAUCGACCGGCGGCAGCUUCGUCCAUGGCCCCGCCCGAAUCGGUGUCGCCCGAGAAGAAUGGCAAGCGCUCGAACAAGGGACUCUUGCGGCUGGGCAAGGCGACGAAAAAGAAGCUGGCCAAGGGCAUGAGUUUCACCACCAACACGACCAGCAAUAACAACAACAACAACAACAACAACACCAGCAGCAGCAGCAGCAACCACAACAACAACCACAACAGCAGCAGCAACAAUCCCUUGAGUGACCUGAGCAAUGGCAGCUCGGCCAAUGGGCACAAUGGCGAACUGGAGCAGUGCUCCUCCUCGCACAGUGGCAGCAACACCAGCCUCAGCUCCUGCGGCGGUGCCAGCAAUGGAGCAGCCGUGGCAACUGCUUCAGCUGGGCCGGAUGCGGACACUCCCGUGGAGGGGGAUGAGCAGGUGCUGAUGUUUAGCAUUUACAAUGCGGCGUCCAAGAACAAACUGAAGCCGCUCACCGAGGAGGACCUGCUGAAGAUGAACUGCAUCGGGCAGGAUAUUGCGCCCGUGACUGUGACGGCGGCAGCCGCAUCCUCCAAUGCGGACGAUGUCAGCAGCUUGGAUGCGAUGCGACGGCCCCAUGACGACGCCUCGAUCGGCAACUCGGAUAAUCUGGAGGCGAUCAGCGAGGCGGCCCAUUCGGCCAAUCAUUCGGUGGUCAGCUCCCUGGACCUGGAGGAGCAGCAGGAGCGCGAUGCGCACGACGUCGAAAACGAUGACAAUCUGUCGGACAUGGUGUCCGCCAAUGUGUCCGGCCGUGGCACGCCCAACAUCAGUGGCCGGGACACGCCCUCGUCCCAGGUGACGGAUGGCGAUGGCGCCGGCGGCGACUUGACCCACCAUGCGGCACGGCCCACGCCGCAGAUGCAGAAGAUGCUGCUGUCCAAGGCGCGCUCGGACAUCGUGGACAAGUUCUGCAAGUUCGAGCUGAAGAAAUUCGAGGGCGACGAGAACGUGAGCAUCAUCUCGGACACCUGGUCGACGGAUGUGCUGGCCAGCGAUUCGGAGACGACGCUGGACGCCAGCAGUGAGCAGCAGCGGGAGCGCGACCGGGACAGGGAGCGGGAGCGCAACUUUGCCACGCCCCUGAUACCGUCCGCUGUGGUGCUGCCCGGCGACAACAACAACUUUGUGGUGGACGCGCUCGCCCGAGCAGCGGCCCCAUCGCUGGACGCCUCGGACCAGCGCUCAGAGUCCAACUGGAGCACGGAUGUGCUGGCCAGCGACUCCGAGAAGCUGGCCGAGAUCGAUACGGACGACAAUGCCAGCAUAACCGCCAAAUCCGACAUUGCGGCACCCAUGGUGCCAGCCGUUGUGCUGGACGACGGGGAACAGACGCCGGGCAGCAGCGGCGACGGCGACGGCGACGCAGAUGCGGAUGCCGAUGGCAAUGGGAAUGCCAGUGCCAGCGAGCGCAGCCAGGAGGACUCGGCCUUCUUCGACGCCGUGAACUCGUACGAGGAUGCGCAUCUCUAUCAGUUAGCCUCCUCGCUGGCUCGCAGCUCGGUGCGCACCAGCUACCAUGGCCUGGGCAGCGACAGCGGCGACAGCAGCUUCCAGCAGCAGUACAAGUGCAGCGGAGCGGAGGGCCGCAAGAAUAUGCCGCUCAUGGGCAUCGCCUGCAUGCGCCGGCAGACGUCGGCGGAGAGCAGCAUCUCCAACCAGAGCCUCAACCUGGAGGAGCCGGCCACCACCAGUCAGGCACAGCAGCAGCAGCAGCAGCAGCAACAACAGCACCACCAUCAUCAUCACCACCAUCACCAUCAUCAUCAUCACCACAAGAAGAAGAAGCAGCAGCAGCAGCAACAGCAGCUGAUGGCAGCCAACGAUCACCAUGACCUGAUCGACUUUAGUGACUACAGCGAGGACAAGGAGGAGCCGCCGGGCCUGGUGCAGCAGCUGAUGGACAAGUUUGGCAUCGAGCAGCAGAUGCGCAGCGGUGUCCAGCAUCGUCGCAUCUCCAUGGAGCAGCGCACGGCCAGCGAGGAUGGGCGGCGCAACGGCAUCCUGGCGGGCGGCAGUGAGCGCCGCCAUCAGAGUCUCAAUUACGAGAACCACGAUAUCAUGCUGCACGCUCUGCUGUCCCUCAAGCCCAAGACGGACGACGACAAGCAGCAGGAGCUGCAGCUGCUCUGUGCCCAGGCGCAGCAGCUGCAGCUGUACGAUGAUCAGCCCGCCGCCACAACAGGAGCAGCAGCAGCAGCAGCAGCAGCAGGAGGAGGAGGAGGAGGAGCAACAGGAGAAGCAGGAGCAGCCGUCACUGCUGCUGCUGCUGCUGUUGCUGCAGCUGGCGGACAAGGCAAGCCCAGCAAGGCCACCGGCGCCAUACCAAAGAGCAUCAGCUUCGAUGCCAGCGCGGACAAGGACAAGCAUCGAGCGCAGCGGGAUCAGCGGGACCAGAGCGCCGGCAUUCUCAACAAGCUGCGGCAGGGCAUCUUCAAGAAUCGGCGCAGCAACAACAGCAAGGCGGCAUCAACGUCGGCGGCCAACCAGCGCUGCAUCAUCAGCAACCACAGCAGCGGCCUGGGCGAUCCGAAUCGCGGCGUCAGCUUCGAUCGCAACGCCGCCUGCGCCAGCUUCGGCGCCCACUUCUGUGAUAGCAGCGAGGACAUUCUGGCCAAGUACAGGCGCAAGGUCAGCAGCUCCAGCGAGGCAACCAACUCCGAUUCCACGGGCAAUGGCCACGGUCUGCCCCAGCCGCAUGGCCAGGCCAUCAAUGGCGGGCAGCUACCUGGCGUGGUGUUCAGCAGCGUCAAGCAGAAGCUGCGCACGGUUCUCUCAAAGACUGACCUGCACAGCGGCGACUUCCGCCAGACGACGCUGAGGCAGCAGGACGCGACGCCGCUGCAGCUGUACCUGCAGAUCCAGCUGGCGCAGUGCACGAGCCUGCAGCGCCUGCCGCAGAUAUCCCAUGUGGCGGAGGCGCUGCGCUGUUUGGCGCAGCUGGAGCGGCCGCAGCACGGCCAGCUGCUGCUGGAGCUGCAGCACGAUCUGCAGCGCAGGCAGAGCUAUCUGCAGUACCUGCUCGUGCAUCGCCAGCAGCUGUUGCUGCGCUCGGAGCAGCUGGAGCAACUGGAGGAGCGGCUGCGCGGGGAGGCGCGCAGCUGCCAGCGCUGUCUGCUGCAAUCGCUAGUGCGUCUCUAUUUGGGUCGCCAGCAGGCCAAGCUGCAGACCUUCCAGGCCGAGUUCGCCCAGCUGAGCGUCAGCGACGAGCGGCUGGAGCUGAUCGAGGAGUUUAUCGAAACUCUGCUGCAGGAGUUGGCCGACAGCGGACUGCAGAACGACUGGCAGCGGGAGGCGGCGCGCGUGGCCAUCGAGCGACUGCUGCUGGAGCAGAUGUACGAGCAGGUGAUGUUCCCCAACGAGGAUGCCGACGUCUCCAGGGACGGCGUGCUGGCGGCGCACAUUGGCAAGCUGCAGCGCUUCGUCCAUCCGGCACAUCCAGCCCUCUGCAUUGCCCAGGAGUUCCUGGGCGAGGCACCCUGGACGUUCGCCCAGCAGCAGCUGUGCUACAUGGCCGCCUACAAGACUCCGCGCGAGAAGCUCAACUGCAUCAUCAACUGCAUCUCCAGCAUCAUGAGCCUCUUGCGCAUGUCCAGUCCCCGUGUGCCAGCCGCCGACGAUAUCUUGCCCGUGCUCAUCUACGUUGUCAUCAUGGCUAAUCCCCCGUAUCUGCUUUCCACCGUGGAAUACAUCAGUUGCUUUCUGGGCAAGAAGCUGUACGGCGAGGAUGAGUUCUACUGGACGCUGUUCGGCUCCGUUGUUAAGUUCAUCAAGACUAUGGACUACUUGGACUAGGUUGUUAUAAAUAUACAUUGUAUAUUCAGAUAUUUGUUAAGCUCAAAGUAUUGGAUCGCGACGAGUUGAAUUCUCUGUGUUGUCUCUGUUCUUAGCUCGGUGUCCAGUAAGCGAAUGAU